AUGGUUUCGACGACAAAUUGGUCCGAGCGCUUUGCUGACCUCAAGCGCGAAAUUGUGGCAGCGACUCCCGACUAUGAAAGGCGCUUGACUCAGUCUUGGAACGAUCUUCUCCAGGAACUCGAUGAGCGCACGACAGAAAUCGUCAACGAGGGCUCCAACUACAUCCCUCAAGUCCAUUUUCAGUAUCUAGACACGCUGGUCCCUGAGCAACUCGACGAUAUUCGAUGUAAGGGUUCUAUCGUCAUCCAUGGUGUUGUUGAGGAGGGUGAAGCUGUCGGCCUUUGGUCCAUGAUUGAUGGCUUAUUGUCUCACUCACGGCCAACCCUUGCAGGUUUUCCAGAGCAAGAUAAGCGAGUCUUCUUCCUUUAUUGUUUAUGGAUAUUGAUUCCACUCGCCCGAGCACAAGUACAAGCACGCGCCAACCCUAACGUUCUCAAAGUUUGCACUUGGAUCAAUAACCUGUACCAUGCAAAGACCGACAAGAAAAUGGAAGGCGUCGACCUCGACGUUCCGUUGGUAUAUGCAGAUUGGUUCAACUUCCGCAUCCGUCGCCCUGGUGUCCAAUGGAAUGUUCACCACCCUCACGCCAAUGGUGGUUCCACAGAGCGCUGGGAGGAUAGCAACUUCCGCAGGUAUUUCGCAGACAUAUUAAGUGGCAACUGGCACCAGCACGACCCCUAUGAACUUGAGGGCCGUCUUGAUGCUCAUGUAUCCUUGAACAGAAAACCUGACAGGAUUUGGCUGGCUAUGACUGAAACCGGUCCUACCCAAGGUACCCUGAACGUAUUCCCCGAUGUGCCCUUGUCAAAUGCAUACACCAUCCUCCGCCCAUUCUUCCUCUCGACUGUUCCUCUCGACUCUGAGGGCAUACUUGAUCCAAUGUUCGAUAUAUCCACUCCUGAGCCUCGCGACGGCAACUGGGUUGACCAACAACCCACCCCUGACUUGCAUCCUUAUCUCAGGCUAGAAGAUACAAUUAUCUCUGAUGUCGUUCAUUCCGUCGAGCAGGAGCACACCGGUUCAUAUGACUCUGCUGUCAUGUACAUCCCAGCUGUUCCGCAGACCCCUCAAAAUACGGCCUAUGUCAAGAGGCAGGCUGAGACCUUCCUCGCCGGUACUAACCCACCUGAUUUCGCGAGCGACGGGACGGGCCUCCCGUACGUUAGACUUGGCGUUGAUGCAGAUAUCAUCCAGCCUAUCAGCCGAAUCGCGAUGGGUCUCCCUGUUGCUGUCACAUAA